AUGAUUAUCCCUCACAAGAUCCUCAAGCUCAUGACGCCGAAUGAUCCGACCCUCGAGCCGGAUCAGGUGUUCCCGCCGCCACCACAUCCUUUGGUGGACUCAAGCGGUGGUCAACGCUUCCUAGUGGAGCGUAAUUUGAACCAUCGCGAUGCGAAUGGCGUCCGGACGAGCUACCUCUUCCGCUGGCGUGGCUAUCCACCGGCGUGGGACAGCUGGGAGCCUCGUGCCCAGCUGAUUGAUGAUGGGAUUGGUCUUGUCGAUCAGUAUGACGAGACCCAUCCGCUGCGUUUGAAGAAGGGCCGUCGGAAAACGACCUCCCCGAACGCGAGUACAGGGAUUGCAAAUUAA